AUGGACAUCCAGCAGCGCGGCCGCUCUGUCUCUGCGGGCCAUGUCCCUCAUAUAAGGCACACGCCGUCGCCGUCUCCCCAUGCGCCAUUCCACAGCAACGUGCCCGGCCUUGGCUUCGAUCCGUCGCUAUCAGUCAACGACCCCUCAAGCAGCUUUGCCGUGACCACCGCCGGCUUCGACAGCACCCAGUACAUGCCGACGACCCAGCCGCAGCAAUUCCUGCAGCCCAAUUCCUUUGUUGAUCAGGCCUUCUUCCCGAGCAAUCAGAGCUUCUCGCAGCACAACACGCCGCAAUUCGGGCCGCAAGGCAACAGCAUCUCGCCCGACCCGCUUGAUCUCACGAGCAACGCCGCCGCUUUCGGCAACUUCUUCCCGGGCAGCGACCUCAACGCAGGACAGGCCAUCAACCCCUCGUACCUCAGCAACACGCUGGACCCCCAGCUGCUCGACGCCCAGCUGCAGCAGAGCCAGUCCAUCAACCCCUCGGACCUCUUGAACCAGAUGGCAACCUCACAAGCGCAUGCGCCGACACCUCCCCACCUCAUACCCAACCUGAACCACCGCACCCCCAGUCCGCAUGCGUCUCCGAACCUGAAUCAGGGUGCCUUCUCGCCGCCAAUUUCCAGACAUGCGUCUGCCACUCUAGAUCCUAACGCCGCGUACGGGCAAGUCCAGAGCAAUGAAUGGGGCAACAUGGCAGCUUUUAGGGUGCACAGACGCGCUCCCAGCGAAACAGCCUUCUCGGACGUCUCUUCAGCGCACGCCUCCCCGUAUCUGGGCCAUCAAGACAGCUUCGAGGAGACGCAUCCCUCGCCUCUGCUCCACGCCCAGGCAGACCCUCAGCUGUUCCAAGAUCCUGUCAUGCAGUUCAACCAGUUCACUCUGAAUGACAACAACUCGCACAUCAGCCCUGGUCACAGCCCUGGUCCCUCGCCCCGCUUGAUGCCGCAGCAACAGUCGCUCCCACAUUUCCAGCCUGGCUCUUUUGGCCUGGAGCACAACAUGAACAACCCCUACGCACAGCAGGGAAUGGGUGCUUAUCAGAAUCAGGGCUCAGAACCAUUUCCCUCGCUGAAUCAGCCCAUGCCAGAGUUUGGCCAGGCGGACGCAAUGUCUCCACCUGAGAUUAACAUCGACUUUGCGCCGCCGUCACGACAGGCGAGUUUUGAGCCGCCGAAACCCGAACACCGCGCAGAUGCUCUUAGUCCGCCAGAUCGAUCACGAAGUAGGAACCGCGGACGUGCCAAGUCUGACCCUUUCAGCAGCGCCAGCUCGCGUGCCUCGACGCCGGGCUUGGAAGUGAACCGGUCGUUGUCUCCCAGUGCUGCCAAGUCGCGCUCUCCAUCGCCGUCUGGCAAGUCGUCUCGCCGUUCAUCAACUUCCAGUGUACCCAACCGUGACUACAUUCUGGACCUCGCGGAUCCCUCAAGACCUGCUCCCCUUGACGGCUCGAAUCCCAAGCGCACGCAAAAACACCCUGCGACGUUUCAAUGCACCCUCUGCCCGAAGCGCUUCACAAGGGCGUACAAUUUGCGGUCGCACUUGCGCACGCACACAGACGAGCGUCCAUUCGUGUGCACUCAUUGCGGCAAAGCGUUUGCUCGCCAACAUGACAGAAAACGGCACGAAGGACUGCACUCUGGGGAGAAGAAGUUUGUUUGCCGCGGCAGUCUGAAGGACAACAGCAACCACUGGGGUUGCGGCAGGCGUUUCGCUCGUGCGGAUGCGUUGGGACGUCACUUCCGCAGCGAAGCCGGGCGAGUCUGCAUCCGCCCACUACUUGAGGAGGAAGCUCGAGAGCGCGGCGACUGGGACGACCAGAACCAGCAAGUGAACAACGAGAAUGGCAUGUUUGGCGCGCCCAUGUCCCAAAACUACGGUGGCAUGAUGCCCGCACAAUCGGGCUUUGAGCCGUUCCCGCAGAUUUCUGGUGGGAUGACUCAAGCGCCGCCUUUUCUGCCUGCCGCUCUUCUCCAGCUGUACCCCGCGCUCGCGGAUAUACAGUGGAAUCAGCUUCCGCCCGGUGGGCCCGAGGAAGUCGAGGACAACAUCAGCGGGCGCGGCAGCUUCGACGCGUCCAGCGGCAACGAUGCUUUCGACGAGGAGAGCGACUACCAAGCCCAGCAGCCCGUGUACGGCGGCAACGGCGGGGGUUGGACGAGCGACUACGACGGACACUAG